AUGAAGGCACCCAAGAUCAUUAUUUCCGGCGGCGUCGGGGCUGAAUUCGAAGAUCCUCGCCGCCAGGAGCUGAUUGACAGGCUGGACCGAGCGCGAAGUGACGCCUUUGGCGAGGAACCCCGGAGUGCAGACUGCGCUCAGGAAGUCUGGGCCGCGCUGUGGCUCUGUUCUGUUGACAAGCUAGAAGAGUACGUCAGGCAGAUCGAGAUCAGCCCGGCUAGCCUCGCUGGGGGAUCACUGUAUACGACGGUUGUCUGCAAUGACAUAAUCAAGCCAUGGUUAACACCUGCAGCCGGUGCCGACUCCGUAUUAUCAAUGUCAGCUGACGAAGAAGCUCUUGGAAGGGAUGGCGGGCGAUGCGUAAUAACCGAUAUGGGGUUUGGUGUGGAAAGCGCUCAUAUCUACCCGCACUCUCUUUGGGGUCCAACACGCAGUAGGUUUUGGACUGCGCUCUCCAGGUUCUGGCCGGAAAGCGUCAUUGAAGAUUGGAAAAGAGACGUGUCGGGGGGAUUUUACACUGCGCACUGUGCCAACCGAAUCACACUAUCCCCUAAUGCACAUGCAUACUGGGCGAGAUGCCUCUUCGCGUUGAAGCCAGUUGCUCUCAGCCAGGAUCAGAAAUGCCUUGAGCUCGAGUUUCACUGGCUGCAUUCGCUCCCCCGAUCUGCCAGAGUCCUUCUAACCACCAAACCAUCCCUUCUAGAGUCCCUGGAUGGCAGCGUUGACAACGCUUGUCUCUUUGACCCUAGCACAAAUAGCAGGGUUUUGUCAGGUCGUAAGAUAUGGCUGGAAACGGAUGACCUUGUCCAUCGGCCCCUUCCAAGCGUCAAGUUGCUGCAGCUCCACUGGACUAUGCAAAGACUGGCAGCACUUAGUGGCGCUUUAGAGAUUUAUAAUGAGUUAAAUCUCAGUUAUGAUUAUUAA